GGAAGUGUGCCAUGCACAUGCUAUAGUCUACUGUAGGACUGCUAAGCAGCCACACACAUACGCUUUGCAAGGCACUGCCCAAUCAACCCAUUAGCGGUCUGCUACUUGCAGAACAAAAACACGUACAGUAGCUUAAAGCAGAGUGCAAUGGAUUUUAAAUCUGUGGGCAUGUUACACAGCAUCCAGGGUAUCAACAUAGGGCUGGCUCCGCCUUUUGUUGUCAUGGGUGUGACCCUGAUAUGUAUUUGGUUACUCCACCUUCUUCUAAAACAGAUAAACCAUAGGCGACGCUUGCAGGCGGUGCUGCCGCCUGGUUCUAUGGGGCUACCACUCCUCGGAGAAACACUCGAGUUCUUCAGUCGUAGUCCUGCACUCGACCUGCUGCCUUUCUUCAAGCGACGAAUGGAGAGGUACGGUCCUAUUUUCAAGACCAACUUGGUCGGCAAGGACCUGAUUGUGUCUCUUGACCCGGACGUCAACCACUACGUGCUGCAGCAAGAGGAGAAGGCAUUCCACAUAUGGUUUCCGGAGUCAUUCAUGAGACUCCUGGGCGAGGAGAACAUCGCCAAAUGUUAUGGGUCCCUGCACAAGAACACCAGGAACAUGAUCCGUCGAGUCUUUGGCCCAGAGAACCUCAGGCUGGUGCUGCUCCAUGAUAUGCAGGGUGCCGUGGAGAGGACCCUUGGCUCCUGGCACGACAGACAAAGCGUUGAACUCAAACCAGCCCUCUCAAGUAUGAUAUUCGGUAUUGCUGCCAAAUGGAUGAUCGGUCACGAGGCGUCGGUAUUAUCAGGGGAUCUGUGGAAGAAUUUUGAUGCGUUCAACCAAGGACUAUUGUCAUUUCCACUUUAUAUCCCUGGAACAGCGUUCUAUAAAUGUAUGCAGGGACGCAAUAAUGUUAUGAAGACCUUGAAGCAAGUGCUUGACGAGAGACGAGAGAAGGCAGAAACACCGGAAAGGAUGGAUUUCAUUGAUGUUAUAGUCAGCGAGUUAAAUAAGCAGAAUCCUGCGCUCUCCGAAAACCUUGCUUUAAAUGUGCUAUUCUUGAUGAUCUUUGCUAGCUUUGAGACAACAUCAUCUGGACUAACUGCAGCACUCAAGUUUCUAUCGGACAACCCCAAAGCAUUACAAGAACUAGAGGAGGAGCAUCAGCAGAUCCGGGAAAGAAGGGCUGAUCCGGACACAGGAGUCACUUGGGAGGAAUACAAAUCCAUGAAAUUCACCUCCCAUGUUAUAAAUGAAUCACUAAGGCUAGCCAACGUCGCCCCUGUGUUGUUUAGGAAAGCAACACAAGAUGUCCACAUAAAAGGUUAUACUAUUCCAGAGGGAUGGAUAGUGAUGAUCUGUCCUCCAGCAGUUCAUUUGAAUCCUACCACAUAUGAGGACCCCAGUGUCUUCAAUCCAUGGAGAUGGAAGGAUCUUUCGGAACCAGUUGGGGGCUCCAAGGAUUUUAUUGCCUUUGGAUCAGGAUUGAGGUUAUGUGUCGGUGUAGACUUUGCAAGGCUUCAAAUGGCUAUCUUACUCCACUUCUUGGUCACCAAGUAUAGAUUGAAGGUGGUCAGUGGUGGAGACAUGGUGUUUGGUCCUGGACUAGGGUUUCCUAAUGGAUUUCAAGUCCAACUUGAACGAAAAAAAUAAUUUUGUCUGUAGCAUCUACAAUGUCUCAGCAAAUUUUCUCAAUUUUUAUGCAUGUAAUUGUGUUAUCAACUCUCGAAUAAUGUUGAUCCGUGUUACGUUGCUUGUAUGAUCUGCUGAUCUUAUGUAUGAGGACGUACAUCACAAUCAUCUUAUAAUUGCUGUUUAAGUGUUACAAAUAAACUAGCAAGUUGAUUGAUACAA